CUCGGACCACGAUGUUCAGUAGUCUCCGAAAAGCUCUCUCGUGCACUCGAACUUGCAGCACAAUUCGAUUCGCCUCAACCCCGCUUUGGCUUCCUCAAAGAUGUCUUUCAACUUCAAGGAUUCUUUGCGACGCCCCUCGAGUCGUCUACCUUGGUAACCUUCCAUAUAACACGGAGCUGGAAGAGAUAAAGAGUAGGGCAGAGCCAUUCGGUGCACUAGCACGUAUUACCAUGCCCAACGACUACAAGGAAAGGCCGGGCGGCUUUGCAAACGUCGAAUUUCAGGAAGAAAUUUCUGCUCGAAAAUUUUAUGACGCGUUGCAGAAGGAGGGCCUUGUAGUAAGCGGUCGAAAAGCGAACGUUCUUUUGGUCGAAACCCAUCAACAAACGAAGCUGGGGUUACCAGAAAGUAAAACACUCCAUGUGACGAACUUUCCGUCCCAGCCCACCGUCUCAGAAGUCGAGAUGUAUUUUGAGCGAUUUGGACAAACGGUAUCGGACAUACGUAUCGGUCAAGGCUAUACACGUCCCUUUGCACAUGUGACAUUUGCUUCACAAGAAGCAGCUACUGAAGCUUUAAAGACUCUACAAAUGGAACCUAUUGAAGUCGACGGUAGUUCGUUGUUUGUCGAUUAUGCCGCCUCACCGUCGCGUUCACGAACUGAACGACAGCCUAACAACACUCUGUUUUUCCGCGGUCUCAUCGCAGAGGGUGAACUUCGACAAUUGUUACGCCCUCAUGCAGACGAAAUUCAAAAAAUCUUCUUCCUUCCACAGGAACCUAGCAGGAAGCACAGAGCGGGCCAUAUAAUCUGUCGCAGUAUCUCGGCGGCUACCACCAUCCUGGAAAAUUAUGGCGACCAGAUGAUGCUUGAGUACGCUAGACCUAGAAACUCUGACGAUACUACAGAACGUGGGUAUCGUCGAAACCGUCAAUCACGGUUUUCAAAAGAAUCUGAGUCUGAGGGACGAAGCUCGGGCGUACGGAACAGUUAUGGAGGGGACUGGGGAGGAGGUCGGAGAAGUGAGGCAUUCUACAAAAAGCAGCAGUAG